AUGCAUCAAGCGAACGGUCUUCCGCCAUCUGGUGGCCAAUCGCACAUGCCCAGCGUCGUUAAUGGUAUCAAUGGAGUGGCGCAGAGCUACGACUAUCCAGAGCCGACGGCGGACGGGCCCUAUCAAGUUCUCGACCAAUAUCAUAGCAGACCUCGACGGUUACGGGUAGCAUGUGUCGGCGCUGGAGCUUCCGGACUAUGUCUUGCAUACAAGAUGGGGAAGAUGCUGGAGGCUGGAAGCUGGGAGUUGACGUUGUUCGAGAAGAACAAAGAGUUUGGUGGCACAUGGUAUGAGAACACCUACCCUGGUGUUGCUUGUGACAUACCGAGUCAUAACUACACGUUUACCUGGGACCCAAAUCCGGACUGGUCACAUUUCUUCGCUUAUGGUCCAGAGAUCCAGAAGUACUUUGUCGGCUUUGCGAAAAGGCAUGGAAGCGAGAAGUACAUGAAGCUCAACAGCAAAGUGGUCGAAUGCAAAUGGAACGAGGAUAAGGGCAUCUGGGAAAUAACCAUUGAGGACCAAAACACGAAGGAAACGUGGAAUGAUUGGGCACACGUUGUCGUAAACGGUACCGGUAUCCUGAACAACUGGCAAUGGCCAAGCAUAGAAGGCCUGCAUGAUUUUGCUGGUCCAAAGAUGCAUAGCGCGAGCUGGGAUCACGGUAUCGAUCUUGAUGAUAAAGUCAUUGGCGUGAUUGGCAACGGCAGCACGAGCGUCCAGAUCGUGCCACAGCUCCAGAAGGUGGCGAAGAAGGUGCAAGCAUACAUGCGAUCACCUACCUGGAUCAGCCCGCCAUUUGGGUCUGCUGCGCUCACAAGCGUACAAAAGGGGCAGGACGUUGACCCAGGCAUGCGACAGUACGAGUUCACAGACGCCGACAAGCAACGAUUCCGGGAAGACAAGGAUUUCCAUCUGCAGUUUCGCAAAGGCAUCGAGGCUGAGAUCAAUGGCUUGUUCGGCAUGUACAGGCAAGACUCUGAUCUUUCAAAGCAGUUCAGACAGGUGAUCACAGAUGAAAUGAAUCGAAGAAUGGGACCUGGCAACCAAGAACUCAAGGACUUCAUUAUCCCGACGUGGUCACCUGGCUGCAGACGAAUUUCACCGGGAGAUGGCUACCUAGAAGCGCUUGUACAGCCCAACGUGGAGCCGAUCAUGGUCGGCAUUGAGAAAGUCGUACCCGAAGGCAUCCAAACAACAGAUGGUGUGGUACAUAAGAUGGAUGUGCUAGUUUGUGCGACUGGCUUCAAGGUAGCCUUCCAGCCAGCCUUCCGAGUGGUGAACGCCGCUGGAAAGACGAUACAGGAAGAUUGGGUCAAUGGUCCUAAUCUCUAUCUUGGAGUGAGCGCCCCACGCUUUCCCAACUACUACACCAUCGUCGGGCCUGGAGCGACCUGGUCGAACGGCACUCUCCUCCCGUCGAUCGAGACUACAAUCGAGUACUCCGUGAAGAUGAUGAAGAAGAUCCAGACAGAAGCCAUCAAAGCCAUCGAAGUCCAGCAAGAAGCUCUUGAUGAUAUUUAUGCACAUUUCGAUGAGUUCCACAAGACGACGGUAUGGCAAGAAGAGUGUCGGUCGUGGUUCAAGGAUGGUAAGGUCAAGAAUAGGAUAUAUCUUUGGCCCGGUUCGACAAUCCACUUCUUGAAGACUAUCAAAGAGCCAAGGAUGGAGGACUACAACAUCCGAUGGAGGCACAAGAACAGGUUCGCAUUCUUGGGGAAUGGUGAUGUGAAGGCUACUGCGAAUCGGGAUGUCGAUGGUUUGAGCAGGUAUAUGAGGAGCAGUGAUCACGAAUGGACUGUGGACUAA